GUCGAGACAGGGAACCUCGGUUGGUGCAACAAACGCGGAACAAACACGCAACAGUUGCGCUAACUUCCUUCAACAGUUGCGCCGUGGAGACAAGGCCUAUCGUCUCGCCUGAUCAUGCUGUGUAGCAACGGGAAAGUGUUGAUUCUUAGCAUGUCAGGUUCGUCUGGUCAGGACGUAGGGACUAGGGUACCCGGGAGAAUUCCAAGAAUACCUAAUGUGUGCUCAACUGCUCAUCAUAAACAUAGCGAGAAUUUUUUUUUUCCUCAUCAAAACGUGCCACUCACCUUCAUGAGCCUGUCACCCAAUUGAGGAUCAGAUGAACUUCAGCCCAGGUGUCAGAAAUAUAAAACGAAUGAUAUUCAAGAAAGGGACAUUUUGUUCGACCAAUGAGUACAAAAAUUCCUACUUUACCACUACCUCUUUCCCCUCAUCAUGAACAGUUGCCUCCAUUGGUUGCUCAUUAUCCACGAUGGAGUCGUAACGCACAUGUUGCAUCUAUGAGUGUAAUUUUGUCGAACAAAAGCACUAACUCAGAAUGUGGUAUGACUGUGAAACACACAUCAACUGGAACCACAUCUCCAAACCAGGGAAACUCAAAAGGAAAAUGCACUCCUGAAGACUGGCCUGUUUUAGAUCCUUACCAACGAAUCAAACAACUAGAGCUGAAUAUAAAGUCCUUGCAGGCGCAACACUUAAUUAUGCUGACAAGUCUCCAUGAUGAAAUUGAGUUGCUUCGACAGCAAAAUAAAGAGUUGCAAUUCCAGUUAGUUUUCAAGGGUAACUCAAGUGCCGAAACUUUCAAUCUCAUGGCAACAAAAUGUUCCUCAAAUUUCAGUUCAGUGACAAAAAUGCUAAGAAACACGGCGAACGAAGGUACCCACUGUGGGAGAAAAAACAUUCGAAAUCAAUCAUCACAAAGAUUUCCCCCAUUGACACACUGGCAGUUGCAAAGUAAAGCCAAAAAAGGAGAGUGGUCAUCUGAUAGAGGAAUUCCCAUUCGCAGCUGUUUAGGCAAUUCAGAAAGUCUCGACCAUCUCAGCUGUCAGAUGGCUGUUUCUCUCCCUAACAUCCAAAAUUACGUUGGACGGAAUUACUACCCGAAUGACAACCAUCACUCUCACAACCAAAAUAGAAAAAGGAACCAAAGAGAUGAACAAAACCAAAACCUAAACACACAAGGGUUUCGAAAGCAUUUGACAGGAACAAGAGGAAUGUCUCAGGAAUCAAACUGAUGCCACCCAGAAACUAAUUUAUGUAACCUCAGUAAUCAGUAUAUAUUAAGUUUCUAUCAUAAAUUUAGUGUUUAUUUUUAUGGGGAGUAUAAAGUUUAUUAAUAUAUUUUUUUAUGAAUGACUAAUCUUUAAAGUGGGGAGUACAAAGGCAA